AUGAAGAGGCCAUAUCCAUCAAAUGAGCAUGUUGAUAUUAUAUCAUCAGAUGACUCGUCUUCCUCAGACGCAGAGAUGGAAGUCACUACUGAGUAUGAUAGCAAGCAGUUAAUAACAUCUGAAGGUGCUUUGAUGAGGAGGGCAGAGAUGUAUCAGGAGUACAUGAAGCACGUCCCAAUCCCAACACACCGUGGCUCUAUAAUUCCAUUUACCUCAUGGAUGGGUUUAGGUAAAUCCAUUAAGCAGCUUUAUGGACAACCUCUGCAUUAUCUCACCAAUAUUCAGCUAAGACAGUGGGACAAAUUGAGGAUUGGCAGUGAGGACGAAUUCAGGCCCUUGGAUGCCAUCAUUCAUCCUUGUAAAGCCGAGGCCACCAUAUGGCUCAUUGAAGAAGUUCACCGAAACACCUCAUCUCAUCAUCAUGUAGCCAAUAUGUGGCUAGCGGAUCCAAUGCACCAUGCCUUUGUUGAUUCCAUCUUUCCCCAAUUAGACAGCAGCUCGUGA